GAGCGCCCACUCGGACCCGAGGGCUCUGAGAUGGGCGGGCCCGUGCCGUCGUCGCGGGUGGGAGGCGGAGGAUGUGGCGGGCCUGGCACGGUCGGUCACUGCCCCAGCCGGGCCUGGGGCGGGCCGUGUGGACAGGAGGUUCUGGCCGCAGCGGGCCUGGGUGGAACGGGGCAGGGUGCAGGGGGCCCGUUCUCGGUCUGCGGCCUCGAAGUUGGGGCUGGGGAGCCGUGAUGCUCGGUCUGGCGUGCAGCCUGCGUCAGACCUUCCUUAGACCGGCGGCGUCGGCAGCCUGUACAGGGCGAGCUAGGUGUGCCGCCCCUGUUUGGUAGGCAGGGAGCUGAGACCCAGCUAGCGCAGUCGCCCGCUUCGUGGCUGAAGUAGAGCCUCCCAGAUUCCCCCGGGCCCUUGGGCUUGUGCUCCCGUCCAGGGGUCACCGAAGUGUGGGAAAUAAAUAGCCAUGCCUAGGUUGCACCUUGCUGCCGAUUGUCCCUCACUCCUGUGCUGGAGCGCACGUGCCCCUCUGCAGGCCCCGCAGAGAUGCCAGGAAGAGCUGGACUGCGGGUCUUUCCGUGGGCCAGCACCUGCCCCUUGGGGGCAGCAGCCACCUCCCUCCCCCGUCUCCCACCCUCAGCUCCCUGCGACCAGGCGCAAGGCAGAUCGCAGUGCCACGAGACAAGAGCUCAGUGCAGUGCGCACCAGUUAGUGUAACGGGACUCUGAGGCAGUAGCCCUGGGUCUGCAGGGAGUGAGCUCUGCACUGAGGUUAAGUAUGGUGAUGGGACACCAAAACAAAGGGCGGUUGAGGGGAGAUUGGAAACGUGGUUAUCGAUUAUCUUGUCAGCAGGAAGGUCUGCUCUGAGUGAGGCAGACUCAGGUUGUGCAUGGGGUCCCCAGCCUCUUCCCCACAAGGUCCUCCCGGGGGGUGGGUAAGGGGGCAGUGGACCCGGUGCGGAGCCAUGGGGGGCUCUUGGGUGUUCUGUGUGUUGGAGACAGUGUGUGGGGCAGCUAGCAGAGGGUGCUGUUGAUACGGCCUGGGAUGCUGCGCACCCGAGGGCCUGUUUUGCCAUGAGGGCCAGGGUGGGGAGAGCCCUCGGUUGACCUCCCCUCACCCCCGUAGAUGGCGGCGGCUGAGGCGGUCCACCACAUCCACCUGCAGAACUUCUCCCGCUCGCUGCUAGAGACCCUCAACGGGCAGAGGCUGGGCGGGCACUUCUGCGAUGUGACCGUGCGUAUUCGCGAGGCUUCGCUGCGCGCGCACCGCUGCGUGCUGGCCGCCGGCUCGCCCUUCUUCCAGGACAAGCUGCUGCUUGGGCACUCGGAGAUCCGCGUGCCGCCGGUGGUGCCUGCGCAGACGGUGCGCCAGCUCGUGGAGUUCCUCUACAGUGGCUCGCUGGUGGUGGCGCAGGGCGAGGCGCUGCAGGUGCUCACCGCUGCGUCGGUGCUGCGCAUCCAGACGGUCAUCGACGAGUGCACCCAGAUCAUUGCUCGCGCCCGCGCCCCCAGCGCUCCCGCUCCCUUGCCCGUGCCCCCGCCGCUGGCCCCUGCACAGCUGCGCCACCGCCUGCGUCACUUGCUGGCCGCGCGCCCCCUGGGCCCCCCAAGUGCCGUGCACAGCCGCAAGCAGCGCCAGCCCGCGCGCCUGCAGCUGCCCGCGCCACCUGCGCCCACCCGUGCGGAGGGGCCCACGGCCAGCCCCACCCUGCCCGCCGCGCCCGAUGACAGGGGUGAUGAGGACGAGGAUACCGAGGAGGACACUGAUGGCGAGGACGGUGAGGGCUCUGCGCCCCCUGCCUUCCCUGACUGCGCUGCCGGUUUUCUCCCAGUGGCAGCAGAUGAGGCGCAAGAGGAGCCCCCUCGGCCUCCCGGCCUCUCGGACCACAGCGGUGCAGGCAGGGACUUCCUGCGGGGGGCCGCAGCGGCGGAGGACGUGUUUUCGGACGGCUUCGUGUCAGCCUGGCGCGAGGAGGAAGGCUCCAUUACAGAGGGCGGCCCUGCUGAACCCCCUGUGCCACCUGACUGCGCCCUAGCCGGGCCGCGCGCACCUCCACCUGCUGCUAAGACCCCAGGGCCCCUGGCCCCGCUCUUCCCCUUCCACCUAGGAGCCCCCGGCCCGCCCGCACCCCAGGGGCCUGCCUUCUACCCCGCACUGCAGCCUGAUGCCCCUAGCAGUCAGCUAGGGGAGGCACCAGCCCCACCGGCCCCCGUAGUCCCGGCCACCCCUGUGCCACCUGCCUACGAGUGCAGCCAUUGCCACAAGACCUUCAGCUCACGGAAGAACUACACUAAGCACAUGUUCAUCCACUCGGGGUGCUGCGCCUUGUGGACAGUCCCCAAAACGGUGACUGGUAGACCAGGCUUAGACGGCUCCGUGGAUACCUGGGGCAGAGGCAGCCCUUGUACCCCGCUGGACCAGGCCAGGGGAGAAGCCACACCAGUGUGCCGUGUGCUGGCGAUCCUUCUCGUUGCGCGACUACCUGCUCAAGCACAUGGUCACGCAUACAGGUGUGCGUGCCUUCCAGUGUGCUGUCUGCGCCAAGCGCUUCACGCAGAAGAGCUCGCUCAAUGUGCACAUGCGCACACACCGGCCCGAACGGGCUCCCUGCCCAGUCUGCGGCAAGGUCUUUUCACAUCGUGCACUGCUAGAGCGCCACCUGGCCACACAUCCUGCACCCUGACUGUGACCAUGCCACUUCCUGUGCCAUUACCCCCCUCCCCAGCCUGGACUCUACCCUCUUCCCCCCCACCUUUUUUUUUUACCGGGAAUCAAACUCAGGACCUUACACUUGCCAGGCAGGCACUGUGUCACUGAGUUAUAUCCCCGACCAUAUUGGACACUUUUUGUAUGUGCAUGUGGACUUUCUGGGAACUGCACAGUUCCAAAUUGACCUGGAGUCCCGGACCUGAGUAACGGAGCUUGGGAUCCAUGACCCUAGGCUGCCCUGGGGUGUGGGACAGCAUGAGGCCUGUGGCCUCCCAUCCGGACCUUCCCUCCCUCACUGGACUCCUGAGACAUGGUAGACUCAUCACAGAUGGAUUCAGGUGGACUCGGACUCUAAUAAAGUUUGUUGGGCCAGUG